AUGGAGAAGAAACCCCAAAUGAACCAUGCGGAGCUUGACGCAGCUACUGCGAAAAAACUUGGACUCACCAACGCAGAAGACCAAGAGCUUCAGAUCGCCCUCAGUCAAUAUGUUCCGGGUAGUGAUGCCGAAAAGAAGCUUGUGAGAAAGAUUGAUAUGCGGUUAAUGCCAUGUCUAUGGAUUAUGUACGUUGUACUUUAUUUGUGUAGUCAUGAGGAUAAGUGAUACCAAGAGCAACAUUCAGGGUUGAGUGGCGUGAGUACCAGGGUUGUGGAAGAAAUCUAGACAUAUGCCACGUUGGCAUAUUCUUCGGUUCCAACCCAAACAAGAAUCGUCGGUUGUAAUUUAUCGUGGAAGCCAUGCACAGUACAAGCUAACUUUUUACAAGGUACGUUCUGAAUUACGUGGAUCGCACAAACAUAGGAAACGCGAGGAUAGCAGGUAUGGCGGAUGAUUUAAACCUCGAUGAUCAGAAAUACGCCUGGGUUCUAUCGAUCUUCUUUUUUGGCUACUUGCUCUGCGAGGUUCCUUCAAACAUGAUUCUUUCUCGAUCAAGACCGUCACUGUUUUUGCCUGCCAUUGUGAGUACCAAUUUUCUCACAAUGACCCCUUUCAGGACCUUUCAGGACGACUUCAGAACCGAGAUAUUCCCGCCCAGUCUCGAAAGUUCUUUCUUGCUACUUUUAAAUAAGUUUCAGGCAGUAUACUGACUCCAAAUCUCUGUCUAGAUGUUAGUAUGGGGAGCCUUAUCAGCUUCAAUGGCUGCUUCUCACUCCUACGCGGCCCUUCUCGCAUUCCGUUUCUUUCUUGGGUGUAUCGAGUCCGGCUUCUUUCCAGGAGUAUUGUAUUUGCUUUCCUGUUGGUACAAGCCCGCAGAAAUCGGCAAACGCUUCGCGAUCUUCUACAGUGCCGCCGUUUUAUCCGGUGCAUUCGGAGGGUUGUUGGCAGGCGGAAUCACCGGAGGAUUGCACAGCGCACAUGAAAUUGAUGGCUGGCGCUGGCUGUUCAUUAUUGAAGGUGUUGCAACUGUUGGCGUCGCGAUCAUUGCGCCGUUUAUCCUCCUGGACUUUCCCGCUUCCUCGAAAGCUCUUACGUUGGAAGAACGUCAACUGGCCACUGUUCGAAUUCUUUCCGUCGGCAUUGAAAGUGGAGCCUCAGGGCCACGCUUGACUCAUUGGCAAGCAUUCAAAGCUGCCAUGUGUGAUAUUCGUACCUAUCUUUUUAUGCUGUUGUUCGUUUUCGACGUUGGGGCAGGAACCAUUUCCUAUUUCAUCCCUACGCUUACUGUUGCUAUGGGAUAUAGCACUACAACAGCGCAGUACAUGACAAUUCCUGUGUACAUUGUAAGUUUACCUUCUUGUAAUGUCUUGAGAUAACACUGUUCCCAAUUCUCCUUACUCCCUCCACAUCCCGAUACGCCCAAAAAAACCAUACUGACAAAAGUUCUGAAAAUCAGGUCGCUACCGUCGUUCUGAACAUCGUCGCCUACUCCGCCGACCGCUGCAACGAGCGCAGAUACCACAUCUCCGCCGCUCUCGCUCUCGGCUUCGUCUGCUCCAUCGUCUGCGUCGCAGUUUCCAACCUCACCGUCCGAUACGUCAUGCUCUGCUUCGUCGCAGCCGGAAUCUGGACCGCUCUGCCUCUCAUCCUGGCCUGGGUAUCAUCCACCAUCAAUCUCCCCGCCGAGAAACGCGCCAUCUGUCUCGCCAUCAUCAACGCCGUGGGAAAUCUCUCGAGUGUCUAUGGAAGUCGUAUCUGGCCUAAUACCACUGCGCCGCGAUAUACUCUCGGCUGGGCGGUUACCGCUGCUUUCUUGGGAGCGGGGAUGAUUCUGGCGCUUUUGAUUCCGGUGCUUAUUAAGGUUAUUCCUAAUAAGUUGACGAAGGCGGAGCGGGAGCUGGAGGAGAGAAGGGAGAUUACGAGACGGCAGGCUCUUGAGGAGGAGGUUGUGUGA